UCGACUCUACUGUUACGCAGGCGAGACCAAAGACUAAAAUCACCACCAGGCCAGCAAUUACUUGACGAUGGGAGUCUUUACGGUCUACUUGGACAGGAUCGCCAAUCUUCGAGACAGCGAUACGCUUGGAAAGUCUGAUCCAUACGUCAAGUUUGAGCUAGAACAAGACAAUUUCGUCUUCGAUAAGGGAUUUGGCAAGCAAAUUUCUUCCAAAAAGAAGAACGAUCUUAAUCCUGAGUACGGCGAAACGUUCACAUUCAAAGGUGUUCCGUCCAUGAAUAAUAUCGUGCUACACGUCAAGGUUAUGGACGACGAUAUCGGUUUUGAUGACGAAAUUGGAUCAGCGAAAAUAUCUAUGGAAAAGCUUGGGUUGACGAAAGUACCAAAGGAGAUCGAGAGGGUAAUUGACCACAAAAAGGGUGGAGGCUGGUUUUCGAGAAAAGCCAAGAUUUAUCUGAAGGUCUCCUUUGACGAGGGUGGCGAGUAAAAGAGUGGGUUGCGUGGACACACAGACGUCCAGCAAUACGUCUUUCGGUUUUCGAUGAAUACAUUGUCUAUGUGACAGCUAACUUUUUAGAAUUGAGGAAUGCUCAGCGUCUUUCGUAGUGUCUUUGAAUAGGGAAGAAAUUCAGUGCGUCGCUCUUACCGUCGGCAAAUGCAGAAUUCGCUAUUCUUGCUCUCUGCUCGAUCAAAGAGGUUGUUAUAAAAAGACGGCUACAGGUGACGGUCCGGAGCCAUCACAAUUUGAUAAAUAUCUCAACUAGGCUGCCGCUGCUGUAUGCUUUUCGAUGCUACUGUCAGUGAUUCCGACAAAAAAUUCGGAUUCUUCUGCCAUUCUUUUGAUAACACGGGUGAGACUCGCAUGCGUCGAGUGCGCUUCCAAAAGGCUCCCUCGGGAAAAAAGAAGCACGCCGAUAGUAUUGAGAUGCAUAGCGGCAGCAAUCGUCUGCUGAGUGUAUCGCAGAUGGUCUUCGGGUGAGGCGCGAAUCUGAUUUUGUAAAAUAAAAUGUCCCACCCGGAGAACUUUUGCUGCCCGGGUGAGUGCUUUGUUGGAAGUGCCCUUGUCCACUUGCAUACGCGCAAGGCAAAUCUGAGAAAAUCCCAUAUUUUGCAGCAAAAUUGCGGCGGUGAGUUCAACAUCUUUUUCAUCAUGAACUCCGUGGAGUCCCCAGUCGAUACUGGUUUCUAUGCAGACACAAAUACCGACUGAUGUUGCCCGGGUUUGAUUCAGCAAAAGCUUCAUGGCUGAUGAUUUCCAUUCGUUGCUAGGUAUGACAACAAUAGGUAGUUCACUUUGGGUGGAAACUCCUUUUUUGUUUGAAUUAGAAAGGCGCUGUGAUGCAAGUCGAAGUCUGUCUUCAGACUCAAACAUCGCAGCGCGAGGCGUUGCUAGAUCGGAAACGUCAGAAUCAACAGAAUGCCGGAAUGAUAGCUGAAUGGCAGAAAUCGCAUCUUUGAAUGCCGUACAGGCUCCUGAAAAGUCAUGUUUCUCGAGAAGACGAACACCAAUAUUAUUCAAAGCGAUGGCGACGCUGUACGCGUGCCGAUGAGUGUCGGAGCUGUGGGUGCUCAUGGCCUCAAGGGAGAUUUAUCACAAUAAAUGAGCGUGAAAGAAGUGUCAACAGUAGCAGAUAACGAGGAGGAAGCGAGAAAG